UUCAGUUGUCUUUACGCCUUCAACAAGUUUGCUGUCAAAAUAUUUUAAGGAAGAAUAAAACAAAAUGAAAACUCUGCUUUGUGUUGUGUUGAUUGCUAUCGUAGCCCAAGCAUCUGGUCAGCAGUUGAGAUGCUUCGCUUGUGACGAGUGUGCAAGUGUUGACAAUAACACUCCACAACGUCAAUGUUUCUCACCAGCAACACCACCUUUGGCUCCAUCAACUCCUCAAACAAUUUCUUUAACGUCUUCUACCACAACGACUACUGCUCCGCCAAAUGUCGCAGAGAAUGUUGAACAGAAUGUUGAAGGAGAAGAUUUGAUUCCAAGUUCAAUGUAUGAUUUGUUCCAACAAUUCAGAAGAAAUCAAGUAUACUCAUGCUUCACGACCGUAAGAAAUAUCGGAGGUCGUUCACUUGUAAGACGAGGAUGUGUUCUUCGUGGUAACGACGAAAUGGAAACUUGCAGAAAUGCUAAUUAUAACGAAGAUCCAGAUAAUUGUCAAGUUUGUGACACUGAUGAAUGCAACAUUAUGUUUGCAGGCGCAUCAACAAAAGCAUUUGCUUCCCUUUUCUUAGUAUUUUCAGCUUUCAUUAUCAGUUUGAGAUUAAAUUAAGUCAGUGUGGUAAAGAAUAGUGAAUUAUAUUUAGAAUUGAAGGAGUUUUAUUUAUCAAAAAUAUUUUUUUUACAUUUUCUUCUCUUUAUCGCAAUGAUCAACGUGAAAAAAAUUAUCGCAAUCUUAAAACUACUUUAUUUUGUUAUCGUUAUCAAGUGACAAAGAAUGAAAUAAGAAAUUAAAAUUGAUCGCUACUGAAAUUUGAUGUUUGAUUGAACGAGUUUUGGUUGUCUUCCAUAAAAUAUUAUGAAAAUGUUUCUUAAGAAUUUUGAAAGUGAAUAAAGAAACUUUUUAUAAAUUGA